AUGAAGAAAUCUCCUUCUGAGAAUAAGUUAGUCCAAACUUAAAAAGCAUAUAUUAUGAUUUAACCAAAACUCGUCGAGACAUUUGAUGAGAAUAAGACCAAAAAAACAGAAUUGCACUUUGAGAACUCAAUUUCUCAGUUGAAAACACUAGAAAUAAUACAAGGGAAAGGAUAAGACAAUAAAGAGAGUCCAAUUACCACCGAAAGAAAAUAAAAUCGAAAGCCUUCUAUGAAACAAUCCUUGAAGAUGAUUACUUAACUUUGA